AGACUUCAGAUUGACUCCAGUCUCCACCGAACAGUCACGGUGCCAAUUCGGUUUGCUUAAAGUCGCCCUGGGCCUGGGUAGCUGGGAGCGACACUUACUUCACUCACCAUGCAGAGCUUCAUCCGAGCCAGCCGUGUGGCUGCCCGAUCAUCCCACCGUAUCCUCGCGCAAACCCCACGUAGCCUCCCCCGAGCACUUGUCGCGACCACGACGCCGAGCCGCCUAUAUACGUCCUCGUCCAAGGAUGGCCGCAAUUCGUCCAUAUACGCUGCCUUUCUUAAUCUGUUGGCCAGCUCCAGUUCCCGCCGCGAAGUCGACCAGUACCUGGGCCAAUUCCGCUCCGUCUCACCGCACCAAUUUGCCGUCGUAAAAGUGGGAGGAGCCAUUCUGACCGACCACCUGGAGGAGCUAUGUUUCGCUCUCCAGCAGCUCCACGCAAUAGGACUGUACCCCAUUAUUGUCCAUGGUGCCGGCCCUCAGAUGAACCAGCUGCUCCUUGAGUCAGGCGUCGAGCCCGACUUUAUCGAUGGCAUACGGGUCACGGACAAGAAGACGCUGGGCAUCGCGCGCAAGCUGUUCCUCGAGGCAAACAUGGAUCUGGUCAUGACACUGAAGAAGGACUGGGGUGUGCCCUCGCGGCCCAUCACCGCUGGUGCUCUGCAAGCCGACUACCUGGACAAGGACAAGUGGAAGUACGGAGGCUUGUUCAACGCCGAGUCCAAGCUUAUUCCCCACAUCAACCUGGAGGGCGAGUACGACACGUACAUGAAACAGUCGUGGGUUAAGUACGGCACCAAGCUGAAGAUUGUGGAGGCGAAGAAGCUGCUUGAUGGCCUCCCGCGCACAUCGAGUGUAGCAAUUACACACCCGUCCAACCUCGGAAAGGAGCUCUUCACCCACACUGGAAGCGGUACACUUAUCCGCAAUGGCGGAAGCGUCAAGGAAAUUAGCAAAUUUGAAGACUUGGACGUUACCGCUCUGCAAGAGGCCAUCACCAAAACCCGAGGCGCCGAUGCGAGCGAUGCCGUGAACAGGUACAUCCAAAACCUGAAAAACCGGCCCUUUGAAGUCUUCCACGAUGACUCAAUGGGUGUUGUUGCCGUCGUCUACCCACCCACGUCCGAGGGAGAGUUUGCCCAGCUGUCUCAUUUCAGCAUGACAAAAGACGCUUUCCUCAACAACCUCAACGAUCUCGUGUUCCAACGCAUGAAGCAGAAGUACCCGAAGCUCUACUGGGUGGUUGACGACCAAUCACAAAACUACGUGAAAUGGCACUUGGAAAAGACAGACGGCUUUCUGCGUAGGGAGAAUGAGGUCUUCUGUUGGUGGGGAUCCGCACAGUCUUCUGAGAUCUUCAAACUGCUUGAGGAGUAUACAAAACAGGGCCGUGGCAUCCUUCAGGACAGUUUGGAUGCGCAGUUCCGUCGGGCAGCUGACUUUGUAGCCAGCCUGAAGCAGGGACAGCAAACUCGCGGUUACGCAACAAUGGCUAGUCGGUCUUCACGACCUAUGCUGAGCCCUCGACGCAACAAGGCUGCAUCUUCCCGAGGCUUCGCGACCACUGCAACACGCUCUAUGGAGACUACCAACCCCAACCCACCGUAUGGCAUCAAGCACAAGAGCAGGGACUACCCCGCUAAAGUCGCCCUGAUCGGUGCGCGAGGAUACACCGGCCAGGCUUUGAUCGAACUGCUCAACAAGCACCCCAACAUGGACUUGCGCCAUGUAUCGUCACGUGAGCUUGCUGGCAAGAAGCUAGAGGGCUAUGCUAAGCGACAAAUUACAUAUGAGAACCUGUCGCCUGAAGACGUCAAGAAGAUGGCCGAAAACGGCGAAGUUGACUGCUGGGUCAUGGCCCUCCCUAACGGUGUAUGCAAGCCUUUUGUUGACGCCAUCAACGAGAGCGGCAAAGAUACCCUCAUCGUGGACCUCAGUGCCGACUACCGAUUCGACGAAACAUGGACGUACGGAUUGCCAGAAACUAUCAACCGUUCACAAAUCUCCGAAGCUAGACGGAUAGCCAACCCUGGUUGCUAUGCUACUGCUGCUCAGCUUGGCAUCGCGCCUCUGCUUGAGUUCAUAGGCGGCCAGCCAACUGUGUUUGGUGUUUCCGGUUAUUCUGGAGCAGGUACCAAGCCGAGCCCCAAGAACGAUGUGAAGAAUCUCGAGAACAACCUCAUCCCGUACAGCUUGACAGACCAUAUUCACGAGAAGGAAAUCUCGCGACAACUGGGCACCGAGGUUGCCUUCAUUCCCCAUGUUGCUGUCUGGUUCCAGGGUAUUCACCACACCAUCUCUAUCCCGCUUAACCGCACAAUGACUUCUCGCGACAUCCGCAAUCUCUACCAAGAUCGCUACGCUGGGGAGAAGCUCGUCAAGAUUGUCGGAGAGUCACCACUCGUGAAGAACAUCUCUGGCAAACACGGCGUCGAGAUUGGUGGUUUUGCCGUCCAUAGCUCAGGCAAGCGCGUUGUCGUCAAUGCGACCAUCGACAACCUGCUCAAGGGCGCGGCGACUCAAUGCCUGCAGAAUAUGAAUCUGGCACUUGGAUACGGAGAAUACGAUGGCAUCCCAUACUAGAUGGAAUCUACAUGUGGUUGUCGUUCUUUUCAACACUUACCAAAAUGGGUCGAUGAUGGCUACAUGGCACGUAGGAAAAAGCAAUGAGCCGGGGUUAGGCUCUUGUCGGACGUCCAAGGCAGUCUUCUUCUUUGAACUUGUAGAUAUAUCCAAUUGCAAGCAUGUUCACAUUC